CAUCAUCUUGCCCGCGCUACUCAAUUGCCUGUGUUUUGCGCUCUCUUUUCUACCACUUCUGUUUCUUAUAUUCUUGGCAAUGGGUAUUCGAGGGUUCUUCUAUUCCUACACUCACUUAUCUGGAUUUCUUUUCAUUCCAUGUUCUCAAUGAACACAAGUUUUUUCUUUGCUUGAUUUUUCAGCAAGUUUGAAUCUUUCAAUAAAAAUUAUAUAUUUGCUUUGAUUUUUCAACCACUUCCCUCUAUCCGAGCCUGAAUCCUGUCUUUAGGCUCUAAAUUAUACUAUUAUACAUAUCAGUUCUAGUGACUUUCGGAAGCAACAUGGCUGUGCUUCUCAAAGCCUUGCCUUUGAUAGCCCUCCGCCCUAAGCCAUCAUUCUUCUUGAUCAGCAGCAUUUCCAAUUCCCUUCACAGAGUACUUCCCUUAUGCAGAACUGUUUUUUCUGCUUCGUCGUCUCCAUCUCCGUCGAUACAAUCAACUGCCUCUGCUCCGGAAACACUAACAUCUAGUUCUCGACCGCCUGUUGACUUCAAGGAAUCUCUUGAAUGGGUUGCUAGGAAUGCUUGUUGUGGCGAAUUGUCUUUAAACGAUGUAGGUAAAAGGGUCCACCUUUGUGGGUGGGUUGCUCUUCACCGUGUUCAUGGUGGCCUCACGUUUCUUAAUCUCAGAGAUCAUACCGGUAUCGUUCAGAUUACGACCCUUCCAGACGAAUUUCCUGAUGCUCAUUCAACAAUCAAUGACCUGAGACUCGAAUACGUUGUAGCCAUCGAAGGUACUGUCCGGUCUCGGCCAAAUGAGUCCAUCAACAAGAAAAUGAAAACCGGCUUUAUUGAGGUUGCUGCUGAGAGUGUUCAAAUAUUAAAUGCUGUAAAGUCAAAGUUACCAUUCUUAGUGACUACAGCUGAUGACACAAAAGAUUCUCUUAAAGAAGAAAUCCGUUUGAGGUACCGAUGUCUGGAUCUAAGGCGGCACCAAAUGAGUUCCAACAUAUUGAUGCGACAUAAAGUUGUUAAACUCAUUCGAAGAUAUCUAGAAGAUACACACGGUUUUGUGGAGAUUGAAACUCCAAUACUGUCUAGAUCCACUCCAGAAGGCGCACGAGAUUAUUUGGUCCCCUCAAGAAUCCAGCCAGGAACAUUCUACGCAUUGCCUCAAAGUCCACAGCUCUUUAAACAAAUGCUUAUGGUGGCUGGUUUUGAUAAAUAUUAUCAAGUAGCGAGAUGUUUUCGUGAUGAAGAUUUAAGAGCUGAUAGACAACCCGAGUUCACACAGCUAGAUAUGGAAAUGGCAUUUACUCCUUUAGAGGACAUGUUGGCACUUAAUGAAGAUUUGAUCAGAAAGGUUUUUCUUGAAAUCAAAGGAGUGGAGUUACCAAAUCCAUUUCCCAGGCUUACGUAUGCGGAAGCAAUGAGUAGAUACGGUUCUGACAGGCCAGAUACCAGAUAUGAUCUUGAAUUAAAAGAUGUAUCGGAAAUUUUCCUGGGAUCUUCCUUCAGGGUUUUCUCUGACUCCUUGGACAGUGGGGGAAUUAUCAAAGUGUUGUGUGUACCUUCUGGUGCAAAAAGUUACUCAAAUUCAGCUCUUAAGAAGGGUGAUAUUUACAAUAAAGCUCUCAAAUCUGGAGCCAAGGGUUUGCCUUUCCUCAAGGUCUUGGAUAAUGGGGAGGUUGAGGGGAUCGCUGCUUUAGUAUCAAGUAUGGACCCAACUACUAAGGAGAGGUUACUAGGCCAGUGCUCUGCAGGACCAGGUGAUCUUAUCCUGUUUGCAGUGGGUCAUCAUGCAUCUGUGAAUAAAACUCUAGAUCGUCUUAGAGUUUAUGUCGCUCAUGACCAGGGUUUGAUUGACAAUGGCAAGCAUUCAAUUCUAUGGAUCACUGAUUUUCCAAUGUUCGAGUGGAAUGACCCAGAGCAGAGGCUUGAGGCUUUGCAUCAUCCUUUCACUGCUCCGAACCCUGAAGACAUGAAUGAUCUUGCUUCUGCUCGGGCCUUGGCUUAUGACAUGGUUUACAAUGGGGUGGAGAUUGGUGGAGGAAGUCUGAGAAUUUAUAAACGUGAAAUACAACAAAAGGUUUUGGAGAUUGUUGGCAUCUCAAUGGAGCAGGCGGAAGCAAAGUUUAAUUAUCUUCUCGAAGCACUGGAGAUGGGGGCUCCACCGCAUGGUGGAAUAGCUUAUGGAUUGGACAGAUUGGUGAUGUUAUUGGCAGGGGCUGAUUCCAUCAGAGAUGUCAUUGCUUUCCCAAAAACCACCACUGCUCAGUGUGCCCUCACCAGAAGUCCUUCAGAGGUGGAUCCUCAGCAGCUCAAGGAUCUCUCACUUAGACUCUAGAUUCUACUUCACUUGUUUAAAAUUUUCAUUUUCAAUUAUUUAAUUCCUGUGCCCAGCUUGUACUUACUCAUAUGGGAGCCCUAACCACUCUCACCCAUGUUGCUCACUGAGGAUUCGUUGAUGUUAAUGUGAAGACGAAAGUAAUGAUUAGUUCAAGCAAAAGAUAUGAUCGCCAUCGUCAGAAACUAUUUAUUCUCAA